AUGAAAAGAAAGCGCAAGACGACGGAAACCGCACCGUCCAAACGGGCCAAGACUGACGGCAUCCGAGGCGUGAAUGAUUCUGCCACCGUUAAAGAUGACACUGGUACCGAAUUCCCUGUCCUCGCCCGCUUUUAUCGUAGAGUGGUCACGCUGCGUCAGUAUCUACUGUCCGAGUUGCCUCCAUCCUCCAGGAAGCGGCGAAAGAGAAUAGCCGUUGCAGGACUGGAAGAAGGCGUAGAACAUGGUAGGCAACCGGUCGAGAAUGGUAAUAAAAGUCUUGCCAAAUUACUUGACUCCACUAUUGUCGGUGUCCCUGAAGAGCGCGACGUCGGUCAAGAUUUUCGGGAGAAGGCAAUCGAAGUCUUCACUCAACAGUUACCGCAGUCGACUCUCGGUAGCAAUGUCUCGCCGAGCUCAUUGGUGUACUCGGAGGUCGUCGAGUUUGUGAUAUGGCUUCUGUUUAGGAGACACAGCAGUAUUCAAAGACCGCCACAUCUGCUGUGCCAUGGCUUUCAGCGCGCGCUCGCGGAGGGACAGAACGGCCUGCGACUGAAUGCUGCACCCGGCAUUCCGGGUAUCGUGGCUCAUCAACCGAACAAUCAUGUUGACCAGGUCAAAUCUCCGACCUGGUGCUGUCUGCUUCCUCUUUUAGGGCGAGGCGGAGAUCGCAUCAUGAUAGAUCUUCUCUUCCACUGCGGCAUAUUCCUGCCUUUGGAAGAAAAGGCGGGUAAUCUGUGGCAGCUCAGUGGCCCGCCACUAUGCGAGAUGAAGCCACGACAAGCGGUGAAAAGUGGCAGCAGAAAAGAGCCUCCGCAAUUGGGGAAGCAAGCUCCGCGUCAAGGUAACAGAGCGCCAGCUCCAGGGAUCAACCGACCCACUGCUAUCAAAUUCGUGAGGAACCGGAUGCUUUACGCAAGAGCGGCUCUCAACGCAAAAGGCAGUGUGCGAUUUGGCAUGCGGCACAUCCAUGUCCUGAACCGGUAUCCUGAUCGUGGGGACCGUGAACAUACUAUACACAUCAUGAACUACAUCUUCCCUAGACAAUUCGGCCUCCACAAUGUUUUCACAUCAAAAGUCGAUUACCGUGAUACAGCGCAGCCAUUCAAGGACUACACGCUGCGCGAGCGGGAGAUCGCUCGGGUUCGCCAUGAGCAAUACGUCAAAAGCGGUGCUCGUGAGGACGUUGACUCGUUCAAGACGAACAUACCAAAACGACUGCGAGGUCAGCCGUUAGAGCUUGUUGGCAAGUUCAGAGCUCUUCACCAGGCAUGCUCGUACACUGAGCUCCUUCGCCACUACUGCCCUGUCAAGGUGAGCCUGUUCAAUCCGGCCCCUAUCAACGAUAUGACUACCCUGUUUUGUUUUCUGACUCCGUCCCAGACACUGCCGGCGGCCGCUGCAAAGUCAAUUUAUGUCAAUACCUCGGCGUCAGCAAAAGUGAUGGAGGAAAACCCAUCAAAUCUAGCGUCCGCUCACGAGAUCUGUUUCACGGACUUGGCGUGUCCCGUAUCCGACGUCUCAGCAUUCUGCAGAGCUGUGCUAUGCAAAGUGGUGCCCAAGGACUUUUGGGGUGAAGGUGCGACCCGCUCCUGGAACAUGCACGUCUUCAUGCGCCACGUCGACCAGUUCAUUGCUCUUAGAAAGUUUGAAAGCCUGACUCUGCAUGAAGUCAUGCAAGAUCUAAAGAUCGCGGACAUCACCUGGCUGCAGCCCCCGAAGGUGAACGCUACGUCGAAAAUGUCUCAGUCUGACUUCUUGAAGCGACGCGAACUAUUGAUGGAGUUUGUGUACUACCUGUUUGACUCCUUCCUCAUCCCGCUGAUCAGAUCAAACUUCCACGUUACCGAAUCCAACGUCCACAAGAACCGUCUGUUCUACUUUAGGCACGACGUGUGGCGAACCCUGGCCGAGCCUUCUCUGACGAUCUUGAAGCCGGCAAUGUUUGAGGAGAUGAAGACGGACAAUGCGCAGAAACUCCUCGCUAAGAGGUCUCUCGGCUAUAGCCACAUCCGAUUGCUACCCAAAGCUACCGGUAUGCGCCCAAUCACGAACCUAAGGCGAAGGGUGCAGGUGCGGCGAGGUGGCAACGUGAUCCUUAGAAGGAGUAUAAAUUCUGUGAUGGCUCCAACGUUCAACGUACUCAACUACGAGAAGUCCACUCAACCGGCCAGACUCGGCUCGUCGCUCUUCUCCAUAGGAGACAUCUUCCCUAAACUGCGAGCUUUCCGAGGUUCGCUGCAGGCGCGCGGUCUUGCAGACGCGCCUCUCUACUUCGCUAAACUGGAUGUGCAAUCAUGCUUCGAUACCAUCCCGCAACAACGGCUUGUUCAACUGUUGCAGAAUCUUCUGUCCACAAAUGAUUACCGCAUCAGCCGCCAUGCUGAGGUCAGACCUCCGCAGACUCAUUAUGAUCAAGCUGGUGCUUCCAUAUCAGCACGACCGUUGAUCAAAUUUGUCGCCCACGGACGCGCCGCAGGCAACCUCUUGCCGUUCGAGCAAUUGAUGCGUCAGGAAUUUGCCAGCGGUAAGAGGGGCACCGUCUUCGUCGACUCCGUACUACAGUCAGUUCAGCAUAAGGAAGACGUCCUCGGCCUGCUGAGAGAGCACAUGGAGCGCAACAUUGUCAAAAUCGGGAAGAAGUUCUACAGGCAGAAGCAAGGCGUUCCCCAAGGUUCAGUGGUGUCUACUCUGCUGUGCAAUUUCUUCUACGCACAGCUUGAAGACCAAUGCCUGGGCUUUCUGCGCAAAGCGGACUGUCUUCUGUUGCGCCUCAUCGACGACUUCCUCUUGAUCACUCUGCACAGAGCCGAUGCGGAACGGUUCGUGCAGGUGAUGUAUGAAGGCGUACCUGAGUACGGUGUCUCGGUGAAAAAGCAGAAGGCCUUGGUCAACUUUGAUGUCGAGAUACAGGACGUCAAAGUCAUGAAACAUCCAGCAGCAGCAACGUUUCCAUACUGCGGUAUCUCUAUCGACACAGCAACCCUCGAUGUAUCUCGGGUGCCGGAUCGCAAGACGACGAGCACAGAUAUAUGCGAUGCUCUCACAGUCGACGUCACAGCAGUGCCUGGCCAAACUUUCCACAGGAAAGCGCUCAACGCCCUCAAGAUACGGAUGCACAAGAUGUUCUUCGACACCGCAUUCAACGCUCUGCCAACCGUCCUAACAAACCUGUACCACACCUUCCACGAAUCAGCGGUCAGGUGCUACGGGUAUCUCAAGAGCCUCCCGCCAAACAGACAACCACCACCAGGACUCCUUAUCAAAACGGUCGCCGAGCUCGUGGGGCUCGCCCUGGCAAUGAUGAAGCGGCGCACGGCCAGCAAGAAGGGAUGGCCCGGCUACGAAUGCACGGUCGGCAAGCGCCAAACCAAAUGGCUCGCCUGCAAGGCAUUUCAGGACGUGUUUCAGAGACGGCAGACCAGGUUUGCGGCACUGUUGGCUUGGCUGGAUAGUGGGCUGGUGGAGGCUUGGCCGACGUCGAGGGUGGAGAGGGGGCUGUUGGACGGGGUGGUUGGGGGCUGA